AUGGUAGGAGAGGCAAUACCAGGAGGAUACAAGCCGUCCCCGCUGGGAUAUGGCUCUCCUCGAAGCUCACCGUUCCGCCGGCCAGAGUCGCCGGCAUCUCCAUCUCCUCUCCGACACACCACCCCGACGGCAUCACCGUCGAAAACAGGACACGCCAACGAGAGUUUUAGGUUUUCGACCACCGCCACAGCCGCCGCACCGCUGUCAGACAGCUGGUCACCCCGAGGAACGACGGCGAUCGACGACACCCAGACGCCGCAGCAGCACGGUAGCUCCAGGCCUUCGGCCCCAAAGAUGAUGGCGCACGGGAAUGCACUCUCUCAGCUGCAGCCGUCGCAGGUGCGCACGAUGCGGGACGGGUUCCAGAUCCUGGACCGCGACAGCGACGGCAUUGUGAAUAGAGAAGAUGUCGCUGAUAUGCUCAACCAGCUGGGCCUUCCGUCGAACCCGUCGGAUCUCUCGCCAUUCUUCCCGCCCGCAGCGCCCCAGACAAUGACGCUGGCGGUGUUUCUCAACUCUCUGGCCACAUCGCUGGCCGCCCUGUCGCCCAGCUCGGAGCUGGUGUCGGCCUUCUCGGCCUUUGACGACGACGACAGCGGACAGAUUGACGUGGCCGAGCUGCGCGACGCCCUGCUGCACACGGCGCCAGAGCCCGGGGAACGGCCCGUGACCGCGGCCGAGGUCGACAAGGUCGUGAGUGGCUUCACGGGCCGGAGGGCGUUCAGCAGGAACAAGACGGGUGGCGGCCUGGGUAGUAAGCGCGGCGAGGUGUUCAAGUACAACGACUUUGUGAGCUCCGUUGUGGGGAGCAACGGCGGCGCGGAGCAGGCCUCGGGAGACGCCGAGGACGAGGCUUGA